AUGGAGUGUGGCGUAACGGCAGCGACUUCCCCGACCCCCACAGGCAUCUUGGCCGACGUUGGGCACAGGGCGGAGCGAUCCCCAGCAAGGACGGGGCUCCAUGUGGCCUUCAAAGAAAAAGGAGAGAUCAAGGAGAAAAGGGAAAAGUUCCUCACUGCCAAAUAUGGACACCACCAAAUGAGUCUCAUUAGAAAAAGACUCGCUGUGGAGAUGUGGCUGUAUGAAGAGUUGAAGAAGUUGUAUGAUAGUGGGAAGAGUAAUGGGGAAAAAGUAGGCGUAACCAGUGAAGAGGUAGAAGUAGAUAUGGACGAACUUCUUGAUAUGGACAGUGAAGAACAGAGGCGGAGACAUUUACAGGGUCUUCUUAUAAAUGCCAAAGGCUCUAAAAGCGAUGUAAAUAAAUUCAUCAACGACCUAUUAGAAAAGGCUAAAACUCUCUAAAAGUGGUGAAAAUGUGCCAAAAAAAACAUUACGGUGAAAAGGCCGAGUGAAUGCGCAAGUUUUUCUUAGUGACUUUACAGAUGGCGCAGUCGUCGAAGCGACCAACCAAAUCCAACCCUGAAGAUGUUGUCAGUGAAGCACGAAGAAACGUAGAACAAUAAGGCCCUCCACACACGUUACGAAUUUUUGACAAACUUAAGGCCUCCACACACUAUUAAUGUUAAUUUUAUAAAUGUGGACCUACAUUCCUGACAUCGUUCCUAAAUUAUGCAUUCACAAACAUAUGAUUCGUACGAAGGAUGGAUAUCAUAUAAUAUUCGUUACGUGACAUUGAGACUAUUUUUUUAAUAAACCUAAUAGUGAUGUCAUUUAUGACAUAUCAAUUGUACACGAUUCGCGUGAAUUCGAAUGGUUAGAAAUAGGAUCCCUGACUGAGAAUGAACAGUGGCCACCCACGACAAAUCCUGCCAAACCAUGUUCUGUGUGUGAGGGCCUUAUAGAUACUGUAACAUAAUCAUUAAUAAACUGGCAACAUUGUAGCUUGUCAAGAUUAUGGUGAUCAGACAUGUUUGUGAAUAGAUCUGCUAGUGAUUAGUUCUGAACAAAAUGCCGACCCAUUGCUCAUUUAAAACAAAUUUGCGGUACGGCAGACGAAAUGCCCUUGUAAAACUGUUCUGGAAAAUAACUGUUUGUAAAUAAUAGCUGUCAUUAGUGUGCAAGGCAAAGGCUAGCCAAAAGUGGGCUUACAUUAAGUUUCCCAACAUUGCAAUAGCUAGUAAGAAGCUCCGCACAGAUUUGGAAAAACAUCAAGUAAUUUUGCCGCUAGUCUUCAAGAUAAAAAUAAUAUCUGAUAGGAGAAAAGAAAAUCAAUGAUUUUAUUUCGCAUUCACUUUUUAUUCUAAGCCCACAAUAACAUGUAAUAUAUAAAGGCUUGUGUAGCAAUCUCAAUAUGACCUGAGAGUUGCCAUACAAAACAUGUGAGGCUUCUCACUUUUAUUCUAACUUUAUUGAACUCUGUAUAUUGGGUAGUACGAUUAUUGGAAAUGUUUCCCUAUUCUGAGAAAAUUUGCUACCCUACUAGCUUCUGGUGCACUGAUAUAAUAUACGAAAAAGUUUUUUCACGAUGUCUAAUCGUCCUUAGCAACUCUUAGGUCAAUUUAUAUGUAUAUGACCUCAAAGUAUGUCCGAUAAUAAUAAAAAAUAGCUUAUGAAUGUCUUCUAUGUACUAUAUGUACGUAUAGCAGAAAGAAAACUAAAGUCAUCCAUACACUAAUAUGUAUGCGGCCAGUUGUUACAUAUAGAUCUAAAAUAUACGGCAUUUUAUAAUUUUUUGUACUUUUAGCAUAAUGUCAUAAUGUUACAUUAUUUAUAGUAAACAACAAAAAAUAACGGUUCAUAGCUAGUCCACUUCAAUAUGUGUAAUAUGUAAGUUAGAAAAUGUAUCAUAUCAAACUGCCUUUUUUCCACUUUGUGUAUCAUGACAAUUUUUGAAUGUUUUACCAUUUUUCGGUUGGGAUAAAUUACAGAAUGUUGCGUUGAACGACAAAUCAUAAUAAAACUAUUUUACUUGUGUUAAUUAACUAUCGCCUUACAUAAUUAUGUUAGGAGAUUACUUCAAAUAGGUUGCCAUUAUUUUCUAAACAUAAAUAUGAUCUAACAGUAGUAUUCAAAACAUCGCGUAACAUUUCUGGGGUAAUCAUACCAAUUGCUUCCAUUACACAUCCUCGUAGCUGCUGAUCAGUUUGAAAAGUAUGCUGUUAAACUUGGUUUCUAAUAAAACUUCGAACACAAAGUCCAGAGGAGUUAAAUCUGCAGGAUGCGCUGGCCAGGACACUUCAUUGGAGAUUUCAUUCCACCUUCCGGGAAAUCGCUGAGAAAGAUACCUUCGAACUUGCCUAGAGUUACGUGAAGUAGCACCGUGUUGUUGAAACCAACACCUAUUAACCUGUGCCAAAGGUAAAUUAUCAAGGCAGUCUUCUGGAUUGGGCUACUACUACAUUUUUCUCUUGCCUGGUUGAUAUAUCAGACUUCUCAGAAACUGAUUGUAAAACACUGUUUCCUCUAAAGAUCCCUCUUUUCGAUACGUAACAGGCUUUCUGUAUGAACCACAUUCAUUUAAAUUUCGAGCCAACAAAUGUAGCACGUCCGCAUGUCGAAUUUUUCUUCAUUGCUAAAAUGACCCGGUGGCAACUUUGACGAUAAUAAAGCAAUAUUAACAAUACACAAUAAAAACAAUACUUUGUGACAGGUUUUUCCGUCAAGUCAAGCAUUUUUUUUGCAAUGCCUACUUAAAAAAAUCAGAAGAAACGCAUUUUCCCUAUACCCAAGAAAAUAAAUGUAACAUGCGACACACAUUGAAUUCGUAUAAAAAUAUGCUAUUAGACAUGUGUACUUUUUCCUAAUUUAACUUAAGCUGUAUCUUGCACAGGUAUUAAGAUCCCCAUGCAUAGGAUCCUUAUCUUGGAACCCUGUAUAAUACAUUUGUUACUGACAAACGAUGCUGAGGUUUAACAUUGGAUUUAGAGGACAAGCUCAGAGUGAUUUAAUAUUAACGUCCAUCGAAAAGUUCGCACAAAAGUAUGUAUGAUUGUAUUUUUCGUAGUGAAUAAUAUUAAGUUUCUGAGACAUCGACGUGUAUAAUAUGAAAACAGCAGUAGUGAUUACUUGCACCUAUCUAUUGUAAUUAAUAUUGUUUUGGCACUGAAAUAUUGAAUAAAUUUUGGGAGGCCUAAAAGGUUUAAACACUGCCCUGUUCAAUUUGGCAACAAACAUUCUGUAAUUUCUUCAAACCACAAAAUACGAUUUUCCGUAUACCUUUCGUGGAUAAUAUCAUGCGUUGUUACGAGUCUCCCUGUUAUUAUGUAUAUCAUUUUUACCAUAUCAUUGUUGCUCAAAAUUUGUUACGUCUAAGCUGCAGGAAUGGUCAUCGGAUUACGAAUGGGUGGGUCCAACCAUGACAUGGGAUUUUAAUAUUUUUAUGUACGUGGUUGCAACUUCAUCUUGCUUUCUCUAAAACAGGGAAACAUAUACUCCAUUUUUACUUCAUAUGAUAUGACUCUCAGGUGAUAUUUUGUGAGGAAAUUGAGUACAGUUUGUAAAAAUUUCGUGUUACAACGUUGAUAACCCCUAUUUUUUUACUACUUUAUGGUUUUCCAACCAUAAAGAUGAAAUAUUGUCUUGCCUUGUGACCAUAACUGAUAUAUGCAUCUGUAAACAGGUUAUCUCAUUUUUUACAAUGAUACAAACAUUUUUUUGUCCAUAACCAUCAUCAUUGACAUCAUUAUAGUUUUCACAAUAAUUGCAAAAAAUAUAGCACGUUUCAGCAUUAGUCUUCAUUGUCUAUCUUUUUCCAUUCUUGAAAAAAUAACUCUCUUUUUUUAACUAUUCCGUUGGUGUAUGAAACCUGUGUGCAUAUAGUUUUAGCUUCAUAUAUUUUGUGAAAUCUAUUUAGGUACUUAUAAAAUGAAUUAAACUCGAUCAUUUGUUGUGAUCUCACCUCUGGUUUUGACAUGUGUAAAAAUAACAUAUAUCUACUGUAGUUUAGUUAGAAAGAAUGUGUAAGAUCUUUUACAAAUAAAAUAGUGAUAAUAAAAGUAUA